UUGGGCAAAACACAAGCACAAGACAGAAUAAGAAGAAAAGUAUUAUUUUGCCACCCCGGCCUCCCACAGGAGCCGGGGAGCUUGGCCCAAUCUUCGGCCGCUCAAACUGGGGCUUCGGCCACGGUUUCUGCGGUCUCUGACUGGACGUGUCCGGUGUGUGGACGUGUGUUCACCACCAAAACGGGGCUAGGGGUCCACAAGCGUAGGGCCCACCCCGAAGUAGCAAAUGCGGAGGCCGCUCCAAACAUGGUGAAGCGCAGGUGGCGCGAUGAGGAGCUGGCAUUGAUGGCGCGUACAGAGGCGCGAUUACUUGAAGAGACCGGUCGCUGUACGAAAGCAGACCUGCUCCAAAGCCUGUCGGGGUUCGAGCGGACCCUAGAGGCUAUCAAAGGAAAAAGGCGCUGUGGGGAAUAUAAACGCCUGGUACAAGAGUGCCGGCAGAAGUCAAGGACAAAUCCCACCCAAGAGCAGCCAAGCGCCUGA